GAAAUAGAAGAUGAUAUAAUGGUAGCUUGCACUUUUGAACAAAAAGACGUCAAGCUUAAUUCAGACCUUAUUCCGGCAGAUGUAUUUAUGCGAGCCUUAAAACGUUUCAUGUAUCGACAAUUGCUAGUAGAAACUAUACAAGAAGAUCACCCUCUUUCAGCUUACAUGACAGAAACUACGACUAUCUGUUGUUGGCCAGAUAAUGUAGAUGAGGAAUUAAUUUCAAACUCAUUUCCUAUGUCACUUUUGAUAAAACAUACAUAUGCAGCAUAUCAUUUUAUUAAAAAUAAGAUAGAGCGGCUACAGAGAAACAGAAUAUCAUGA